AUGUGUCUGGUCCAUAGGGGGGAUUAUAGUUUUACUUUUUUUGCCUCCCAAUUUCACUAUAAGGGCCUACACUGUUGUAGAGAGUGGAGAAGGAGAAGAGCCGCUGAGCCUGAACAAUCGAAAAGUGCUGUGUGUCAAUAUCCUGUGAUCAGCAUUGCUUGUUUUAUUGGAAUUUCUUUGGAGAUGAAUGGACUGAUCAAGAUGGAGAGACAGAAGUUUCCUUUCACUAUUGAAAACAUAUUGAGCAAAUAUCCAAACAGUAAUGGAGACAGAAGAGUGUGUGGGACAAGUGGCGCUGGACUAAAAGAGAAGACAGUGAGUCCUGUUGGAGACCAGACAGAGACUGUUCAUCACUCCUGCAUGUGCUGCUGCUACUGCUCCCACUGUGGAGACAUAUUCAGAACAGAUUUCAUCCAUGAAGAUGUCCUCCCUGUAGCUUGUCAGUAUGGAUGGCCCCCGGCGAUGCUCUCAAACCCAUGCAGGCUGGGAGAGGCUCACAGAGAUGAGCAUUCACCCGGCCAGGUGCAGAGGCGGACCAGACGUCACCGCACUAUUUUUACAGAAGAGCAGCUGGACGCACUGGAGGAGCUGUUCCUGCAGAACCAGUAUCCAGAUGUGAACACAAGGGAGAAAUUAGCACAGCGCACUCACUUAAGAGAAGAAAGAGUAGAGGUUUGGUUUAAAAACCGAAGAGCAAAGUGGAGGCGUCAGAAAAGACUAUCAUUUGGUGUGGGAAAUACUGAAAACUAAAUUUUG